AUGAUGAUAACGAAUAUCUAUGCUAUCACAGCUAUCGCUGUGAUCGGAGGAUCGCUAUUUGGUUUUGAUCUAUCUUCGAUGUCUGCCAUUCUCCCUACACACCAGUAUAGAUGUUACUUCAAUCAGGGUCCUAACGGACCUUCGCUCAAUGGUGAAGCCCACUGUUCAGGUCCAGAUCCUACAGUGCAAGGUGGCAUCACGGCCUCCAUGUCUGGAGGCUCUUUCGUCGGAGCAUUGAUCUCAGGGUUUGUAACUGAUAUAUUAGGACGGAAAUAUGCCAUUCAAAUGGGGUCCAUUAUAUGGAUUGUCGGCAGUAUUCUUUGCUGCACCUCCCAGAGCAUUGCUAUGUUAAUAGUCGGUCGAUUCCUCAACGGGAUGUGUGUGGGAAUAUGCUCUGCACAAGUCCCCGUGUAUGUUGGAGAGCUCGCGCCUCCUCAUCUAAGGGGCCUGGUGAUGGGUGCUCAGCAGUGGGCCAUCACAUGGGGUAUUUUGAUUAUGUUUUACAUUUCCUAUGGCUCUUCCUUCCUUGCUGGGACUAUAGCAUUCAGGCUACCUUGGGGUCUUCAAAUGAUUCCCGCAGUGUUCCUCUUCUUUGGACUAUUCCUCACGCCCGAGUCUCCGCGUUGGCUGGCAAAGAAGGAUCGCUGGGAUGAUUGCACUUAUAUCAUCUCAUCAAUCCAUGCUAACAGUAACGUCGACGACGAGUUUAUUCAAAUGGAGAUUCAACAGCUCAAGGAUGCCUGUGAAUUGGAGCGUACCAAGACUGACAACACUUACUUCGAUCUUUUUCAGCCACAUAUGAUUUGGCGCACGCAUAUCGUCGUCUUCGUCCAGAUAUGGUGCCAGCUGACUGGAAUAAACGCCAUUCUAUACUAUAUCACCUAUAUCUUUGGAAUGGCAGGCUUAAGUGGCAGUUCGAACUUGGUUGCUUCAUCCAUCAGUUCCGUGAUCAACGUGGUUAUGACGAUACCCGCUCUCAUCUUCUUGGAUCGAAUCGGACGUCGCCCGUUCCUGAUAGCAGGCAGUAUCUCCCUGACCAUCUGGUGGACCAUAUGCACGGGCCUAAUGGGGGGCUAUGGCAACCCGGCUCCCCCCGGAGGGCUGGACCAUAUCCGCGAACAGAGCUGGGUAAUCACAGGGGCGCCCGCGAGAGUUAUCAUUGCUUGUUCAUACCUUAUUGUGGCCUCUUUCGCUCCAACCUGGGGCCCGAUUGAGUGGGUGUAUCCGUCGGAACUCUUCCCCCUGCGUCUCCGCGGCAAGGCGGCUGCCUUGUCUACGGCUAGCAAUUGGGCUGUCAAUUUUGCUCUUAGCUACUUUGUCCCGAGUGCUUUUGUUAACAUUACCUGGAAGACCUAUCUUAUUUUUGCUGUUUUUUGUUUUGCUAUGACGCUUCAUGUUUUCUUUGUUUUCCCGGAGACUUCGGGGAGGAGGCUGGAAGAAGUGGAAGAUGCGUUUAAAGGUAUCAAGGUAGCAUGGAGGAUGGGUAUAGCUGAAGUUAAGGAUGCAGAGAGCGCACUUAACAGUAGGUCAGACCAGGAAAAGCUGGAGGCUGUUCAUAUCGAGUGA